AUGGUAUUGUGUUGUCGUCUCGAACAGUGGUUCAAACCGUACAGGGAGCAGGCUGGAGCACAGCGGGGCCGCGGAUGUAUGGAUCAUAUUCUCACACUUAGACUCCUCACUGAUUACGCAAGGAAGAAAAAGCUCAAGUUAUUUGUGACUUUUAUUGAUUUUUCCAAAGCAUAUGACAACGUACCUCGUGAUAUAUUGAUGCGAGUGUUAAGGCGGCUUGGAUGUGGCGCAGUAAUGCUGGGGGCCAUAGCGGCCAUGUACGCCGUGACAGAGAGUGUGCUGGGCACUGCUGUGUUCGCCACCACGAUGGGAGUGCGCCAGGGAUCCCCGACAUCUUGUCUUUUGUUUAUUAUAUUUGUUAAUGACCUGAUCAAGUCUAUAAAAGAUAAUUGCGAGGAUGAUGGGUUUCUCUCCUGGCUGCAUAUUCUCGUCCUGAUGGACGACACUGUAUUGUUGGCUACCACGAGGGAGAGAAUGCUGCAUAAGAUAGGACUUAUGAAAACUUACUGUGAUAAUUAUGAAAUGAAGGUCAAUGAGGCAAAGACGAAGUUUUUCGUAGUGGGAGGAAAUGCAGCUGAUAUGGAGCCCCUACGUGUGGAGGGGUUAGAGGUGCUGCGAUGCCAGCAGUACUCAUACCUCGGGGCCACCUUCACAGCUGACGGCUCGGUUCACCAGGCAGUCAGGACUCACGCCCUUGCUAAGGCAGCCCAUGUCUCCAAACGCAAAACCUAUCUCGAGAUGAACCCUAGUUUGUGUGGCCAUCCUAUAUAUUUGGAGAAACAAAAAGUGCCGGAAAAAGACCGCGUCGCCUUCACACGCUUCAGGGUGUCGAGUCACUCUUUGGCGGUGGAGGUGGGCAGGUGGAGUAGGCGAGGACGCAGCCGCUUGCCCCUAGAGGAACGGGCAGGAGGUGAGAGGCAGCCUGGCGACCAGCCUGUCCUGCGCUGCACUGACUCUGCAGGGGUUCGCAGACCCCUGGUUGAGAGACACUGCUCCAGAGCGUGUCAAAAGUUUCAGGAUGAGACGCUGAAACACUUUGGGGUGCGGCACUAG